AGGUACUAUGGAAUUGUUGUUCGGUUGUGCACCUAUCACCAUGGUUGACACUCGCAGUGGGAAGAACACCAUGCCCUAUAGCAAGGCUCAAGAAGAACAAAUCGCCGCCAUCCUAAAGGAGAGGAAGGAGAAGGAGCUCCUUAGACAAGCAAAGUUAAAGAUGAUAGCAGAAGAGCAGGCGGCGAAGAAGAAGAAGCUAGAGGAGGAGAUGAAGAGAUUACAGCAAGAGGAGGAAGAGAAAAUGAGAGUUGCAGAAGAAGAAGAGAUUGAAGAGGAGGAGCAACCAGUAAGGAAGGAACAGUUAGAAGAGCAGGUCUUCAUAGCUUACAUGAGGCUUGUCACUGAGCCUACCGAAAAGAAGCUAAUCGACCCAGCUAUUGUCAAGUUGCUGGAAGAGUUUAAAGAUUUGGCAGAGCCGCCAACAGGAGUAGUGUCGCGACCAAUCCAGCACCUCAUUGGGAUAGAGCCUGGCGAUAGAACUCCUAAGGGUGCAGUUUACAGGAUGUCCCCAAGGGAGUUAGAGGAGUUGCGUAAGCAGUUAGACGAACUCCUCGAAAAGGGUUGGAUUAGGUCGAGUUCGUUUCCUUUCGGAGCACCCGUGUUGUCUGUCCCCCAAGAGGAGGAAGAGUUCCGCAUGUGUACCGAUUAUAGGGGUCUGAGUGCUAUUACUGUGAAAAAUAUUGAACCGCUGCCCAUGAUAGACGAUCUUUUGGAUCGGGUGCAGAGCUGCAAAUAUUUCUCGAAGAUAGAUUUGAAGUCCGGAUAUCAUCAAGUAGAAGUUCAUCCUGAUGAUCAGUACAAGACUGCUUUCCAGACUAGAUAUGGGCACUACGAAUUCAUCGUGAUGCCCUUUGGACUGACCAAUGCGCCAGCCACAUUCCAGCGCUGUAUGAAUGAUAUGUUUAUGCCUUGGUUAGAUAGAUUUGUUGUAGUCUACCUAAACGAUAUCUUGGUUUUCAGUAAGACCCUCCAAGAGCAUCAGGGUCAUUUGAGGGAGGAUUUCUAUGCCUACUCCCUUCGUGAGGGUCGGACUCCGACCUUCGUGGAUUUUCAGGCGUUCCUCGAGGAUCGGUUCGGAGCCCGAUAUGACGUGACAAACGCCUUCGAGCGUGUCGUCACUACACGCUGGUCAGGCUCUGGUGGCGCUGCCGGCCUGGAUCGCCACAUCCAAGUCUUUCAGGACGCCCGGCUCGUUUGCGACGUGGUGUUCCUCCCCGAGGCUGCCCUUAUCGAUCGUUUCUUGGCCAGCCUUCCGCUCAAGUACCGCUCCGAGCUAUGGCGGUACGAGUUCACAUCGGCCCCACAGGCUUACAAGGCCGCCAGGGACCACCAGCGGAUGCGAGCCUGUCCUCACCCCGCCUCCUCCUCCCAGCCCCAGCGCACGGGCUACUCCUCCUCCUCCUCUCACGGCACUUCCCAGCGCCGUUCCCCUUUCCGCGGUCGCGCCCGCCGUUCCACGCAGCAGAGCCGCCACUUCUCACGCCGCUUCAGCGCGCUGGAGUAUGGUGAGCAGGACGCUAUUGCCCCACUGUCACCUGAGGGCGACCACAGCGACGACCUCGACCUCUGCGAGGCCAUCCACUAUCACUUGGAGGACUCGACCCUCCCUGCAGCUCAGCGCCUUCAGCUCGCGCUCUCCGCCCUAUCUCGGGCGUGCAGCCGCCCCGGUCAUGCUGGCGCGUCGCCCCCCGAGGUCCCUCAGGAGGACCUCCCUCAGGGCUUCGUCCCUCCUCGCGGUGUCCUUUCCGCUGAGGAGCGCGCGACUAUUCUCGGCCGACAUCCUCCCUCUAUCUCCAUGGCUCCCAUCUCUACUUCCGUCCCUCCGCCGUCCGUCGAGUUAACCCCGCCGUCGGGUGCCGACGCUGACGCUGAGGAACUCGCACGAUAUACGGCUGACCUAGAGCCCGCAGUUCGUGACCUCAUCCGAGAGUACCACGACGUUUUCCCGUCAUCGUUCUCGUACGCCGGCUUCCCACCGAUGCGUGACGUCGAGCACUCCAUUCAGCUUGUGCCUGACUAUCGUGUUCACCACCAGGCACCCUACAGACUCUCGAUUCCCGAGGCCACCGAACUCAAGCAUCAGCUUGAGGAGCUCCUGAGACUGGGUUUCAUUAAACCCUGCAACUCCCCGUGGGGUGCACCCGUCCUCUUUGCUCGCAAAGCGGAUGGAACUCUCCGUCUCUGCAUCGACUAUCGCAGUCUCAACCGCUACACGGUUAAGAACAGCUACCUCAUGCCUCGUUCCGAUGAGCUGUUCGACCGCCUAGCAGGCAACCGCUUCUUUACGAAGAUUGAUCUUCGUAGCGGUUACCAUCAGAUCCGCGUCGCUGCAGCCGACCAGCCGAAGACAGCGUUCCGAUCGCGCUUCGGCCACUCCGAGUUUACGGUGAUGCCAUUCGGCCUCACCAAUGCACCCGCCACCUUCCAGAGGGCGAUGAACGACAUCUUCAGGGACAUCCUGGAGCAGUACGUUCUCGUCUACCUCGACGAUAUCCUGGUCUACAGUCAUACCCUUGAGGAGCACCUCAGACACCUCCACGACGUCCUUGACCGCUUGCGCAGACAUGGCUUCUACGCCAAGCUGAGCAAGUGCCGCUUUGCCCAGCACAAAGUGGAUUUCUUAGGACACUACAUGCCUGACCAGGGUCUCCACAUGGACGACGCGAAGAUCACUGCUAUUGCGGAGUGGCCCGCCCCCACAUCCGCCAAGCAGCUUCGCAGCUUCCUAGGCCUGACCAACUACUAUAGUGAUUGUCCGAUAGCAUUCUACUCUCGUCAGCUCCUGCCUGCCGAGAUAAACUACACUGUUGAUGAACGUGAGGUUCUCGCAGUAGUUUAUGCCGCUCGACACUGGCGUCACUACCUGCACGGGGCACCAUUCACGAUGCGCAUGGACAACUCUGUUGUCCAGGCUUUUCUGACAAAGCCGAAGCUCACUCCUCGACAGGCUCGCUGGUGGCGCGACCUAUCCGAGUUUAGUCUCACCACUGAGCACAUCAAGGGUGAGACUAAUCGGGUCGCAGAUGCCCUCUCUCGGUGCCCUGACCACGACCACGAGCACAUCCAACUCUCUUCCAUCUCGGUCAACACCGUCCACCACUCGGUGACCGAUGAGUUUCGCACUCAGUACCGCUACUGCCCCGACUAUCGCGACAUCCACACGACCCUUCGGAGUGGCAAGACCGUCCCGAACUACUCUUUCGGGGACAACGGUCUUGUGUACUGGCACGGUUCACAGGGCACCAGAGAGCCCCGUAUUUGCGUUCCCUCCACUGGACAGCUACGUGUCCGAGCAGUAGCUGAGUUCCAUGACCAGGCAGCUGCCGGUCAUAUGGGCUUCCACAAGACGUUGGCUCGUGUGAGCCGCCUGUACGUCUGGCCGAAGCGCAAGGACUUUGUGAAGGACUACGUCGCAGAGUGUCCCACUUGUCAGCAGGUGAACAGUGCGAACCAACUUCCUUAUGGCUUGCUCCAGCCUCUUCCUAUCCCUGAUGGUCGUUGGCAGUCCAUCUCGAUGGACUUUAUCGGUCAUCUUCGUCCUCCGACCCCUCGCGGUCAUGAUGCUAUCCUGGUCGUCGUCGACCGCUUCAUGAAGCGUGCACGCUUUGUUCCAUGCCGCUAUGCCAUCAGUGCACGUGAGGUCGCCGACAUCGUGUUUGACCGAGUCAUGCGUGACCACGGCUUACCUCUGAGCAUCAUAUCUGACCGUGACCCGCGCUUUACCAGCCGAUUCUGGCGACGGCUCCACGAGGUGUACGACACUUAGCUCCGCUUCUCCUCGUCUUACCAUCCUCAAACUGAUGGUCAGACCGAGAUCACGAACAGGA